AGAGAGAUAGGGAGAGGCUUUGCUCUCUACCUUUCUUCUACUAUUUUCUUUGUUUCAUCACAAAAUCGUUAUAUAUAUAUAUAUAGUUAUAUACAAAUAUAUUCAUAUCAUCUUGUUGUUGUAUCGAUUUGUUUAGAUCUUUAUUAUUGUAAUGGAGUUUGGGCGAAAGAGAGGGAGGCCAGACGGUGCCUUUUUUGGGAAUGGAGGAUUCAAGAAAUCAAAACAAGAAAUGGAGUCCUUUUCAACUGGUAUUGGUGGAAAAUCAAAGCCAUGCAUGAAGUUUUUCAGCACUUCUGGAUGCUCAUUUGGGGAUGGAUGUCACUUCCUGCAUUACGUUCCUGGCUAUAAUGCAGUUGCUCAGUUGACAAACCUGGGUGGAAAUCCGGCUAGUCAUCCUAAUGCAAGAAACACCAUGGCCCCACCAACCUUCAGUGAUGGUCCGGCUCCGUCUGUCAAAAGCAAGCUUUGCAACAAAUUCAACAGUCCAGAAGGAUGCAAAUUUGGUGACAAAUGCCAUUUCGCCCAUGGCGAGAUGGAGCUUGGCAGGCCAAGUAUGCUACCUGGUGAAGAUCACCGUGCUAUGGGACCGAGAGGUGGCAAGUUCCCUGGACGGGUCGAGCCACCUCCACCUGGCUUAGCUGCUGCAGCCAACUUCGGUGCGUCAGCUACAGCCAAGAUCAGCAUAGAUGCAACCCUUGCUGGAGCCAUCAUUGGAAAGGGUGGUGUGAACUCGAAGCAGAUUUGUCGCCUUACUGGUGUUAAGCUUUCGAUAAAGGAGCACGAGUCAGAUACAAAUCAAAGAAAUAUCGAGCUUGAAGGAACGUUUGAUCAGAUUGGACAGGCUAGUGCCAUGGUACGUGAGCUGAUUGUGAACCUUGGUGCUUCAACAGGUGGUCCUCCAAGAAAUCCUACCAUGAAGCCUGCUGCUCCAGUAAGCAGUUUCAAGACAAAGAUGUGUGAGAAUUUUGCAAAAGGGUCGUGCACGUUUGGGGAUAGGUGCCAUUUCGCCCAUGGAGCUAUCGAGCUGCGAAAGCCAGUAGCAUGAGGGUUUCUUUGUAACCCCCAUCAUUUAGUUGUCUGGUGCAACUUUUUGGAAGAAUGACAUUGUUAGCAAGUAUUUUAAUUUACUGAGUGUUUUCCUUAUUAUAAUUGUUUGCUCGAGUCCCUUAUCUUCAGGUAGGGUUAUUGUGAUCAUAUUAAGGCUUGUUAAAACCGUGUUAGGAUUUGAGUUCCUUUAAUAUUUUGUUUGCUUGUACCACCUUUUUGGCGAGGAAAUCUAGUAAAAAAAUUAUGGAUGAUAACAGCAGAAACAUUAUAGCUGGUAGCACAUUAUGGAAAUAUUGU